UGUAAGGUAUUGAGUUGUUUUAUCCAAAAGCUUUCUCGAUAUUUCCUCAUGAGAUCGUCCUGACUCCUCAUCUUCUCCAAAACCAUCAUUUUGAGGUCUUGGAGUGAGUGAGAUGGACCUGAAAAGUGAGCUCCAACAGGGAACUUGCCUUCCAGCUUUCUGAACAGUUUAUUAUCUUUGGGAAACCAAUUGGCAUUAAGACUGCCGUUAUUGUUGGCGGACAAGAUCAGACGGAGCAGGCUUCUCUACUUGUUCAGUCACCUCAUGUUGUUGUUGGCACACCAGGAAGAGUUUGUUUUCAUCUGAUGAAUACUCCUUGUAUUUCUCUGCGCAAACUAAGGUUUUUGGUGCUGGAUGAGGCGGAUUCUCUUUUAAGGUCGAGUUUCUCUGCUGAUCUUGGAAACAUAUUCCUUACACUACCAAUUAAGAGGCAAACAAUUUUAUUUAGUGCUACUGUGACCGAUACAUUGAAAAAGCUUUUUGAAAAUUCGAGCAAAGAUGUGUUCACAUGGAAAAUUUCGAUGGAG